AUGACUUCGCUUAUCUCAAAGAAGCUUGCUGAUGGCAUCCUCGCUCGUCCCUUCCUGAAGAGCAUCUUUGUCCCCUUCUCCAACUGGUACGCCAACGCUGCCGGCCACCGCAAGCUCGGCUUGAGAUUCGACGACCUUUUCGAGGAGGAGACCGACAUCGUCCAGAAGGCCCUCAAGCGCCUCUCCCCCAAGGAGUCUUACGACCGCGUCUUCCGCAUCCGCCGCGCCGUCCAGCUCUCCUACCAGCACAAGCUCCUGCCCAAGAACGAGUGGACCAAGCCUGAGGAGGACUACCCUUACCUCGGACCCAUCAUCCAGCAGAUCCAGGCCGAAGAGGCCGAGAAGCUGGCCUUCGAGACGAUGGAAGUCCAGAAGAAGCACCACUAA